AUGGAAACGGCGAGUGAGAGAGUCGAUGGCCUGAGUUUCCACACCAAAAAGCCAUGGAUUCUCUCGAGCUUGCACAGUGGUGAGAUCCUGCUAUGGGAUUAUCGCGCCAAGAGCUUGAUCCGUACGUUCGACGAACACUAUGGACCUGUUCGUGGUCUUGAUUUCCACAAAUCCAAGCCAUGGUUCGUCUCUGGAGGGGAUGAUAAGAAGAUUAAGGUCUGGAACUACGAAACAAGCUGGUGCUUUAUUACUCUUUUCGGACAUCUGAAUAAUGUCCGCACAGUUCAAUUUCACCACGAGUACCCCUGGAUUGUGAGUGCUAGUGACGAUCAGACUAUCCGCAUAUGGGACUGGAAAUCAGAGACUUGUAUUUCUGUUCUGAAGGGUCACAACCACGAGGUUAUGUGUGCUUCUUUCCAUCUGAAAGACGACCUUGUCUUAUCAGCUUCCUUGGACCAGACUGUCCGUGUUUGGGAUAUUGGUGCUCUUAGGAAGAAGAUAGUAUCUCCUGCUGACGACCUCCUGGUCAAGUAUGUGCUCGAAGGUCAUGACAGUGGAGUAAACUGGGCUUCUUUUCAUCCUACCCUUCCUCUCAUUGUCUCUGGCGCAGAUGACCGCCAAGUCAAGUUGUGGCGCAUGAAUGAAACUAAAGCUUGUGAGGUGGUUACAUUGCGAGGCCAUAUGGAUAAUGUGUCAUCUGUUCAGUUCCAUGCAAAACGGGACAUUAUUGUCUCUGUCUCUGAGGACAAAAGCAUCCGUGUCUGGCAUGCUGGCAAGCGAACUGAAAUUCAGACUUUCCAGCUCAAUCAUGAUAGAUUCCGGAUUCUAGCAGUUCACCCAGGGAUGAAUCUACUGGCAGCGGGACAUGACAGUGGUAUGAUCGUCUUCAAGCUUGAGAGAGAGCGUCCUGCAUUUUCUUUGAGUGGCGGCGACUCCUUGUUCUAUGUUAAGGAUAGUUUUUUGCGGCACUAUCAGUUCUCAUCACAGGAAGACUCCCAAGUUAUCCCUAUACGAGGUUUUGGUACUGCAAGCUUGAACCAAAGUCCAAGGACUUUAUCUUACAGCCCGAAAGAAUAUGCCGUUCUCAUAUCUUCAGAUCUGUAUGGCGGUUUUUAUGAGUUGUACAUCAUACCAAAAGAUAGGAUCAGGAAAUACUUUGUGCGAAGGAAGAGAGAUAUUGGUCGUUCUGCAGUUUUUAUAGCCAAAGAUAAGUUUGCUGUUCUUGAGAAAAGCACCAAUCGAGUUUUAGUCAAGGAUAUUCAGGACAAGCUGUUUAAGACAAUAACCCUGCCAAUCCGCACUGAUGCUAUCUUUUAUGCUGGAACUGGAAAUCUACUUUGCAUAUCUGAAGAUACAGUGUUUGUGUUUGACCUUCAGAACAAAGCGAUGCUCGGUGAACUUCGGACUCCGUUUGUUAGGUACGUUGUUUGGUCCAACGAUAUGGAGAGUGUUGCUUUGCUCAGCAAACAUGCUAUCAUUAUAGCAAGUAAGCAGCUUGUCCACCAAUGCACCCUUGAAGAGACAAUCAGCGUGAAGAGUGGAGCUUGGUAUGAUAACAGUGUAUUCAUCUACACAACUCUGAACCAUAUAAAAUAUGGUUUUCCAAAUGGCGAUAGUGGAAUAAUUAAAACUCUGGACGUCCCUAUCUACAUCACAAAGGUUGCUGGAAAUACCAUUUUCUGCUUGGAUAGAGAGGGAAAAAACAGGGUCAUUACCAUUGAUGCAACAGAAUACAUUCUCAAGCUUUCACUGCUCGGAGAGAAUUACGACCAUGUCAUGAGCAUGAUAAGAAAUUCUGAGCUGUCUGGGAUGGCUGCAAUCGAUUACCUGAAGCAGAAUGGAUUAUCUGAAGUUGCCCUUCAAUUCGUUGAAGAUGAAAGGAUCCGAUUGAGCCUGGCUUUGGAUAUCACUGAAGACGAAGAAUUAUGGGAGUUUGGGAUUAUAGACAUUGAAGGAUUGUCUGCAGAUGAAGCAGAACGAGACUUCGACGAUCAGGAAUUGGCAACUCAGGCAGCAGAACGAGACUUCGACGAUGCCCUUAGGCGUCGAUCUAUACAGGAAUUGGCAACUCAGGCAGCAGAACGAGACUUCGACGAUGCCCUUAGGCGUCGAUCUAUGCAGGAAUUGGCAACUCAGGCAGCAGAACGAGACUUCGACGAUCAGGAAUUGGCAACUCAGGCAGCAGAACGAGACUCCGACGAUGCCCUUAGGCGUCGACGAGACUUCGACGAUGCCCUUUGGCGUAUCCUUAGGCGUUCGGGUCUGCUUAGAGAAGAAGAAUAG